AAAACAAACACGACAUAAAAGCUUAGAAUUAAAUCGUGAUUCAAAGGAAAAAUCAAACAUAAUCACAGCAACUUCCUGUGAGGACAUCGUUAUCAAUAAAGUAGUUGUUAUUCUCUAUAAGCAUGCGGUUGGCCCACUUUCCUGUUACAAAGUGCAAAGUAUGGUUUCUCAGUACUAAAAAAAAAAAAAGUCAAAAUAAAUAAUAAGAAAUAAUUUUGGUAGUCGCAAAAUCCCCUCAGUAAAUACUGGAAUUCAGAGAUCGACGUAGUCUAAUUAUAAGCCAAGUCUGUUUUAUAAACAUUUGGGUACACGUGAAAGAAGACGCGGGAUUCAUCAGACGUUUACAAUUUCUCGGAGUAUUCAUAUCGCAAGUAAAUUAAACUUUGUAUCAAUAUUACAGAAAAGAAUUCACGAUUUAUAUUUCAAAUGAAUACCUUCGUCAAACAUCCGGAAAGUAUCUAUUGUUGUGAUUCAUUACUUCAAUAUUAAGUUUAAAAAUGAAAUAAAAAAAUUUAAGCAUAGAAAAAAAUGUAAAUAACUUGUUGAUGUUUCUGAUUCAAUUGAACGGACUUUAGAAAAUUCAAUGAAUUUAUAUUUGUGAUUAAAUCAGAUUAUAAGCAAAUACUUAAUGCUGGUGACUUUGAGUAAUUGCUGGUGUAUGUGCAUGUGUAUGUGAUUUAAUACUUAAAAAAUUCUUAACGAUGUUUCCACGUCAUACAAAGCCUCUGGGUAAAUUGUUAAAUCGGAAUGGUGAGGAUAUCAUCUAUCGAGACAACAUUCACAUGUCGACACUCACAGUAGGAUACCAGAACGAACGUAGUGAUCUAUGGAUGGAUGAUAUGGAACGAGGCAGUAUAUCAUCCGAAAGCUCAUCAACAGAAUUUGCAUGUACAAAAACUUCAUUGGCAAAAAAGCAACAGCCUUGGGAUACGGCAGAAGUAACAAAAGCUCUGUCAAGUCUUCCUGCAGGUGAAACUGCAUUAACACUUAUUCCUACUCUUCAUGGUGAUAUUUUGGAGAAAACUCUUGAAGUUUUAAAAUGUAUAAGCUCAGAUAAAACUAAAGAUCAAACUUUAGUCAUUUCAAAUUUCGCCAAUGGUGGUGUCAGAAAAUCUUCUCACAAUGCGCAAAAUGAAGCAGCUGCAUCUUCAACAUCUGAAUCAGUUCUUGCUAAAUGGCCAGAGACUUGUCUUCUAGUUGCCUGUUGGUUAGGACAAAUUGAAAUAGUCAAAGCGCUACUUCAAAGAGGCACUAAUAUCUCUAUUCGAGAUGGGCAUGGAAGGACUCCGUUACAUCUAGCAGCGUGUGCGGGGCAUGUAAAAAUAAUAGAAAUACUACUAAAACAUGGCGCUAAUCCAAAUGAUUGGGAUUUUAAUAAAGAAUAUACAGCGUUACAUUGUGCUGCGGCGAUUGGUAAUCUUUCAUCAGUUAAAUGUUUAAUAAAAUCUGGAGGUAAUGUUGAUGCCGGUCUUCCCGGACGUACACCAUUACAUUAUGCAGUAAUGAGUAAUGCUGCUGACUGCGUAGAAGCUCUUUUAAAAGCUGGCGCUUCUCCGAAUAAUCCUCAAGUAUACACUGAAACUCCGUUACAUGCUGCUGCUAGUCUAGGCGCUGCUUGCAGUGUAAGUUUACUUUUGCACUAUGGAGCUGACGUACGAGUUCAAUCAGGUGCAGCACGAUCUACACCACUUCAUUUAGCAGCAGAAGAAGGGAGCAGUGAAUGUGUAAAACUUUUAGUCAAAGCUGGAGCUCCAAUCAAUGCUAAAAAUUCAAGAGGACAUACUCCAUUACAUCUUGCAGCUUUAGCCCAAUCUGCGGAUACUAUGGAAAGUUUAAUUGCUGCUGGAGCUGAUGUUAAUGCUGAAGACGAUGAUGGUAGGACACCUCUCCAUACUGCCGUAGCUAAGAGUGUCAGAGGAAGUGAAUUAGUUCGAAUAUUAUUACAGGGUGGAUCUUAUGUAAAUAAGCCAGAUAAAUUUGGAUACACUCCUCUUCACAUUGCGGCACUUAAUGAAAGUUCUUUCAUCGUAACUUUAUUGCUGGCAAAAGGAGCUGACGUGACUGCCAGAACGAAAGGUGGAAUUUCUGCACUCAGUUUCAUCAUUAGACGUACACCAGAUGUACUUCCAAGAUUUGUUUCACGUAUGGAUCAAGCGAUAUCUCUGCAUGACCAUGAAUUAGGUGAUGUCGACUGUGAACUGCGCUUGGAUUUUCGUUUUUUGGUACCAGGUGGACGAAGUGAAACUGAUUUAAUGUUAUGUCUUGUUGAAGGUGGUCAAAGACAUAUUCUCAAACAUCCUCUCUGUGAAAGUUUUCUUUAUCUAAAAUGGUUAAAAGUCCGUAAAUUUUUUCUAUUUAGUUUGAUAUUUCAUUCAAUAUUUGUUGCAAUAUUUACGGCAUACACUAUAGCAGCAUUUUUAUACGAGGCGGAUACUGUUGUAGAAAUAUUUUUUAUGCCUAUUAUUGUUUUUACAGUUAUUUUAACAACUAAAGAGAUUUUUCAAUUAUCUCAUGGUAUUUGUUCGUACAUAAAAAGAUGGGAAAACUGGUUACAGUGGGGAGUGAUUGUAUCUUCCGCUGCAAUUAUAAUAAACCCAGUUGGUCUGUGGCAAUAUCAUGUAGCUGCUCUAGGCAUUUUUUUAGUCUGGGUUGAACUUAUGAUAGUCGUUGGAAGAUUUCCCAUGUUUGGUUUGUACGUUCAGAUGUUUACUCAAGUAGCAAUUAACUUUUUUAAAUUUCUUGGUGCAUAUUUAUGCUUAAUUAUUGGGUUUGGACUUGGAUUUAGCGUUCUCCAUAAAAAUUACAAGUCUUUUGAAAGUCCACUCAUUAGUCUAUUGAAGACAAUUAUUAUGAUGUCAGGAGAAUUGGAAUUUGAGGAUGUUUUUUUUGAUAAAGAUGCACCAAUACAAUACCCAGGAACAUCUCAUCUUAUGCUUUUGGCUUUUGUUGUACUCGUCACUAUUAUUCUAACUAAUUUAAUGGUAGGACUUGCAGUAUCAGACAUCCAAGAACUUCGUCGUUGUGCUGGACUUGAUCGACUUGUACGCCGUGCUGAACUAGUAGCACAUCUAGAAAGUUUGCUCUUUUCCAAAUUUCUUGACCAUUGUCCUCAAAGAAUUGUUAAACCCUGCAGAAAAGGAGCUUUACUUCUUCAUCCACCUCAUCAUUGCGCAAUACACAUUAGACCAAAUGAUCCUCGUGAAAAACGACUACCUAAAGAUUUAAUAAAAUCUAUCUAUCGAUUAGUUUCCGAAAGAAAAAUUCGCAUACGUAAUAAUAUCAACAGCCCUUCAUCAAGAAAUAAUAACUUUGAUCUUGAUGAUAGUCGAACCAGUAGAUUGUAUAGUUUUAGUUCAGUUAAUGAUACCAGUAGGCAAUUGUUAGAAUUAUUUUCUGAGUUCAAAAGGUGCUCACAAAAUAUUAGUAUGCGUUUAGAUGCUUUAUCAACUAAAGUUGAUACUAUUGCUCGAGAAUUUGAUCAUGACUAAUUGUAGUACGCUUAUAAAAAUUUAAUUUUUUUUGUAAAAUAAAAAAAUAAAUAUUUUUAAUUUUU